AUGACGUCUUCCAACUCGCUCUGGUGGAUUAGAAAAUGGAGGGUAAUAUCUGUUCAUGAUCCUUGGUCUAUGGGAUUCAUUGUAGUAGCAAACAAUGUUCGGAGGGAAAGGAAUGAUCAACAUCAUGAUGGGUUUGUUAAAUCCAAUGAUUUACGGGAUUUGUCGGUAGCAAGCUUCUCUUUGUCUAGGGUAAUUAAACAACCAUCGGAUCUGAUCUACUUUCGCCGACUUGGUCUAUCUGCUUUCCCUGGUAAGCCCUUAUCAAUGCUAGAAGUUUUUGGGUAUAAACCAAUAUGGGGAUGGAUGAAAUUGAAUGUGGAUGGUUGCUCCUUAGGCAAUCCAGGAAGAGUCGGAGCAGGUGGAGUUCUAAGAAAUUAUAGGGGAAAUAUUGUGGGGUCUUUUAAGAUGUUCUUAGGGAUUCACUCAAACUAUUAUGCUGAAUUUAAAGCCCUGAUGGAAGCAAUCCUCAAAGCUAAGGAGUUGAAUGUUGGUGCGCUUUGGAUUGAAUCUGACUUGGCAGCUCUGGUUGGAGCGAUUCAAAGCCAAUCUAUUCCUUGGUAUGCAGCUCAAGAUUGGAUCAUAGUGAAGUGCUUUUUAGGCUCUAUAAAUUGA